AUGCUAGGCGCUACACCAAGAGCAAGCACCACCGGGCGUACGCUCCCCAGGUUGCUGCGACCCGUCGCUGAGGCAUCGACACUUCGACCCGUGAAGGCGGCUCUGCCGCGAUCUUUUGGAGCCUCCGCUUCCACUAGUUCGGCCUACUCAACCCGUCGUGCUUCGUACGCCAUCUGUGCUCCACGCUCGUCGUCGCGACGACAGCAACAAGUGUUGCCGCGCCGCGGUCUCGCCACAGUCGCCCGUUCCGACGCCUUUGCCAACAUCACGUCGGCCGAUGUCGAGGCGUUCGCCAAGAUCCUCACCUCGCCUUCGCAAAUCUUGACUACCAUCGCACCCAAAUCUGGAUCCUCGACCUCGUACCAGGUGGUCGACCCGAGCGAGCUCGACACGUUCAACAAUGACUGGAUGAACAAGUAUCACGGCAAGUCGCAGCUCGUGCUCAAGCCCAAGACCACCAAGGAGGUUUCGGAGAUCAUGAAGUACUGCCACGCCAAGAACAUCGCAGUGGUGCCGCAGGGAGGCAACACAGGGCUUGUGGGCGGCGGCGUGCCCGUCUUUGACGAGGUUGUUGUUCAGCUUGGCGGUCUCAACCAGAUCCGUUCGUUCGACGAGGUCGCCGGCACGCUUGUCUGCGAUGCAGGCUGCAUCCUCGAGGCUCUCGACAACUCCAUCGCUGAAAAGGGAUACAUGAUGCCGCUGGAUUUGGGAGCCAAGGGAUCGUGCCACAUUGGAGGUAAUGUGGCGACCAACGCCGGCGGACUUCGAUUCCUGCGCUACGGCAGCUUGCACGGCAACGUCCUUGGUCUCGAAGUGGUGCUUCCCGAUGGAACCAUCAUGGACAAUCUUUCCACGCUGCGCAAGGACAACACGGGAUUCGAUCUCAAGCAGCUCUUUAUCGGCUCCGAGGGCACCAUCGGUCUCAUUACUGGUGUCUCGAUCGUCACUCCGCGUCGACCUUCUGCUGUGAACGUAGCUGUCUUUGCCCUCGACUCGUACGAGGCGGUGCAGACGGUGUUCGGCCAAGUCAAGAAGCACUGCGGCGAGAUCCUUUCGGCCUUUGAAUUCUUUGAUCAGACCUCCUUUGAUGUGGUUCAGAAGCACGCCACCGCGCACGUGCGUGAUCCGUUCGAGGCGCGCCACCCUUUCUACGUUCUCAUCGAGACGAGCGGCUCGAACAAGGACCACGACGACGAAAAGCUCCAGGUGCUUCUUGAGCAUCUCAUGGAGGAGGGGAUGAUUCAAGACGGUGUGCUCGCCCAGGACGAAACCCAGCUUCAGGGCCUGUGGGCGCUGCGCGAGAGCAUCCCCGAGGCCGCUGGCAAGAUGGGCAAGGUGUUCAAGUAUGAUCUCUCGAUGCCCAUCGACAAGAUGUACAAGCUGGUACUUGACAUGCGUCAGCGAUUCGACGAGCACGGUGUGCACGGCGAGGAUAAGGACGUCGGCGCCGUGUGCGGAUACGGCCACAUUGGCGAUGGCAAUCUGCACAUCAACAUAGUGGCCAAGUCGUACGACGAAAAGAUCGAAAAGAUCAUCGAGCCGUACAUCUACGAAUGGACUUCCGAGGUCAAAGGCUCGGUGAGCGCCGAGCAUGGACUUGGCCUGAUGAAGGCCACCAAGAUUGGAUACUCCAAGACGCCAGAGAGUGUUGAGUACAUGAAAAAGAUCAAGGAUCUGUUCGAUCCAAAGGGCAUCCUGAAUCCGUACAAGUAUAUCCAGGUUUGA